AUGAACAACAUAGUUGAGUAUGAAGCUUGUAUCCUUGGUCUAGAGACUACAUUGGAGAUGGGCAUUAGACAGAUUGAGGUAUUCGGUGACUCCAAUUUGGUACUCAGACAUAUUCAGGGUGAUUGGAGGACUAGGGACGUAAAGCUUAGGUCAUAUCAUGCUUAUUUAGAGUUACUAGUUGGAAGAUUUGAUGACUUGAGAUACACACAUCUACCUAGAGUGCAAAACCAAUUUGUUGAUGUCUUAGCUACCUUAGCUUCUUCUGUAGACAUUCCGACUGUUGUGGUUAUACGUCCAUUGCUGAUUGAGUCGAGGUUUGCACCUGUUUACUAUUGUUUGAUUGGAGAGACAAAGGUUCAGGAUGAUCUACCUUGGUAUCAUGACAUUUAUCAGCUUCUUAGAUCUAACACAUACCCAGAGGUUGCCACAGCCAAGGAUCGGAGGGCAUUGAGGCAGUUGGCCACUAGAUUUGUGAUUUGUGGAGAUACUCUAUAUAGGUGA